CCACGACGAGCCAAUAGAUGUGAGCGCGAGACUAUCUGGGCAGCAGCAGCCCACGUGCGAGUCAGUCAGUCAGUGGAGUAGAUAGUUAGGAGUAGCCGGAUAGAAAUAUGAAGAUGGACUCUACCCAACAGUCAUCACCAAACAGCACGGACGAAAUCCCUAAUGACCCUGGGAAGAUGUUUAUCGGAGGCCUAUCGUGGCAGACGACUGCAGAGGGCCUACGGGAGUAUUUUGGGAAAUACGGCGAAAUCAAAGAAACGAUGGUGAUGAAAGAUCCCGCUACCAAGAGGUCCAGGGGAUUCGGCUUCGUAACAUACCGGGAUCCUGCUAGCGUAGAGAAGGUUUUAGCUAGCGGCCCUCAUGCUCUAGAUUCGAAAACGGUAGACCCUAAGGUGGCAUUCCCGCGGAAGGCACAACCCAAGAUGGUGACUAGAACCAAGAAGAUAUUCGUGGGAGGUUUAUCCGCCUCAACGACAAUCGAAGAUGUCAAGAACUACUUCUCCAAAUAUGGCGAUAUUGAAGACGCGAUGCUUAUGUUUGACAAGACAACCAACAGACAUAGAGGUUUUGGGUUCGUCACGUUUGAACAAGAGGAUGUAGUAGAAAAAAUUUGUGAAAUACAUUUCCAUGAAAUCAACCAGAAAAUGGUUGAGUGUAAAAAGGCCCAACCUAAAGAGGUUAUGUUGCCAACACAACUGGCAAGGGGGCGUGGCCUGGCUCGGGGAGCUUAUGUGACUGAAGAAGGAGAGGUCGUAUGGGAAAUUCCCAAUGAUGUUGUCGGUCUGCCGGAGCUGUGUUACCUUCCUACUGGCUUCCCUGGGUUUGCUGCAGCAGCUGCUUAUGGCCGAGGGUUCCCUGCCUUCAGCCCAGCGGGGUACUACUACCCCGGGAUGACAACAGGAUUGAACACUACAGCUGCUGCUGCCGCUGCCCUCAGUCUUGGUCCAGCGGGCGUGGCACGUAGUGCGCCUACAUCCCGUAGUUCAGUGACUGCUUGUGUCUCCCCCGACUCAUAUCUUGGUGCAAUUACCGGUAGAUCACCGGGCUUCCCUGGUUAUGGCUACUUGCCUGUCCCCGCCACCCCUGGUGAACGAACCACCUCCCCGGCCAUUUACGCUGACUUUGGUGCUGGCCCUCCCAGUCAGCUGACUGCGGCUGGCAUCCAACGGAGUGAGCCUUCGCCCAUUCCUAUAUCGAGCUCGCCCAUCCACCGUGACCCAGGUUCCCUGCAUCGUAGUUCUGGAAUAGCAGCAGCUGCGACAGCUGCUAUGAUCAACAACUUUGGCGCCCAGGCGUUCCCAACAGCCACUUCGCCAAGCAGUCGCUCGUUUCCCCCGGCUAACAGCCCUGGACCUAUAGAUCUGUACACCUCCGGACAGGAGGCCCUGAGCUAUGUUCAGGCCACUAGCCCUCAACCCUCGGCUUUUGGGCACAACAUUGCCGUCAGUCGGGGGCCUCUGAUUGCGGCAAGCUUCCAAAAUGGCUACCAUUGAGGUGUCGCUCCUACCAGCCAAGCUUUGGAGCAUCCAUGCUGACUGGUCAGAAUUUUUGAGGUGAAAGACUGAAGUCUUCACCGGCCGCAACAACAUGUGGACGAUGUCGCUCCGACCAAGACACUGUUGCCAAGGCCUGAUGCAACUCUCGUCACUAUGACGACUUGACUUUGAGGUCAUCCUAUACUAUUCAUGUCAUACGUAUUGUUCAUUGUCAUAAGUGGUAUUGUAAAUAUUUUUGCGUAAGGUUAAUGAUGUUGCCUCUGGUUUUCAUUGUGAAAUACCCAUUUUGGGGUCCUCUUAUUGGUUUAUUUUCUAAUUUUGACUUGUUUUUAACUUGUCUGACGUCCAUGUUAUAAAUGUUGUGUAGAUGUAGUUAGCUGUAGACAUUGUAGACAUAUUGCCGAGCUCCGUCAUUCAUACGCUGACGUGGCUCGUGAUCUGAGCUCGUACAUACAUAUGCUGAUGUAGAUUACCAGUUAACAUUUGUUUAUUUUGUUUUUUAUACCAAUUUUUAUUGUGUUCAUGACAUUAAAACCAAGAUCUUAUAUUUUCAUGGAUUUUUAAAAGAAAUGUUAAUGUAUUUAUUUUUAGCAUUAGCUGGCUUGUUUUUCGCGAGAUGGCACCGUCGGUCGAUUUAGAUUGGCUGUUGCCAGACUCCACAGCGAGUACUUCCUUAUGAAGGUUACUGUUGACUAGGUAUUAACGACCCCUGCAUUAAGCCUUCGGGCUUGCACAGUUAGAUUGUAGAGUAGGAAGGAAGAAUUUUCACCUCAAACAUUAUUUAGAUGUUUUUAAUUAGUAAGCUACAUUUUUGACAAAUUUACACUGAUAGCAAUACAAUUGUAUAAAGUUGUUAUGAUGAAACUGUUACUUCAUGUUGGUGGGCGUCGCCCUUGUUUAUGCAGUGUAUAUUAUAAUUUGGCAUGUAUAAUAUUCGAAUUUUACUCAAAUUGGCAGGUCCAUACUUAUACUAUUUUAGCAGUUGUUUUAAUGGUUGUUUACAAACAUGGACAUAUUGUGUGAUUCUCAACCUUGAUGGCGUCGUCUCAGUUCAAUUUUACACUUCAUAGAUUUAUCUUCCUCAAUCGCUAUUUUGCAUUAUGACUGUUUACAAUGUAGCUAUUUUUUGCUUUUUCGUUUAACAAUUUAUUUUUUUAGAAAUCCCACCAUAUAAAUUCAUUACGAGACGUUUUAUUUUUAUGCCGUGACAUUUCACAACUGCGAAUGAAGUCGAAAUAUUUAUGAAAUGUUUUUCAACCACUUGUCCAAAACCUGUGUUUUCAUCUUCCAUCGCUUGAAGUUCCGAACAAUCGAAGAUCAAUUAUUUCUCUACUUUUUUUCCUGUUACCAUUUUUAACAAUGUUUAUUUUUCAAUUAUUGCCAGAGUUUAUUUUUAUGGAAGGACAUUUUACUUAACUACCUAAAGUCUCCCUAUGUUGUUUUCGCCCCACUGGAGGAAGUCGUGUCUCGAAACUGCAUUCUAUCUCCGACUACCAUUCCUGACAAAAAGCUCCCUGUCCUCAAACCAGUGACAUCCCCAGCAUCUGCAGCCCUCAGUCUUGGACUUGACAGUCCUCAGGACUGGACAGUUCCAACAGAUGUGGAAUCAGUUUACUUAAUUUAGAGCUAAAGCUGAGUUUAAUGAGUGGAUUUGAUCAUUUACAAGAUUACAUGUGAUUGUAUGCAACCUGGGUAAGGUCAUUAGUUGAGGACAGAUGCUGUGCCACCUAUUGCAUGUCACCUUACGAAGGUGUUACCAGGUGAUAGGUGUUACCUUACGAAGGUGUUACCAGAUGAUAGGUGUUACCUUACAAAGGUGUUACCAGAUGAUAGGUGUUACCUUACGAAGUUGUUACCAGAUGAUUGGUGUUACCUUACGAAGGUGUUACCAGAUGAUACCUUACGAAGGUGGUACCAGAUGAUUGGUGUUACCUUACGAAGGUGGUACCAGAUGAUUGGUGUUACCUUACGAAGGUGGUACCAGAUGAUUGGUGUAACCUGAUGACAGUAAUUGUAUGGCAUAUGGAUACAGGUGUUGCAUGCUAUCAUGGGAUGGUUUAAAGGAAUGGUAGGGCAGGAAAAAGGUGUACAGGGUAUUCAUCCCCCUCCCCUCACGACGACAGCGGUCAUGUGACUGAUCCCAGUCAGCUGGACUACGUCGUGCACCGCUGCUCCCGCUGCUGCAGCGACGUGAACGUCAGGGACUACUGUAUGUGUGUAAUUAUUGCUUCUACUUAUAUAACACCUACUAGUUGGUUACCUGUGUACAGACCUGGAUGUUGUGUCAACGGUAGUGUAGGUUUUGAUGUGGUUUUCACUGUUUUUGCACUAUUGUGUGUGUAAAUAAACCCAUGUAGUUUGUAGCUCUAUGAUCUCUCCCACGAUUCAAAAAGUCUCUAUAAAUGUACAAAAACUACGCAACGAACAAGUUGAACUAGUAGACGUUGAAGUAAGAGGUCACUACUUAGCUAGAUCCCCUCACUAGAUAAGCAAUGUUAGCACCUACAAGAUGGCUGCCGUCCGACUGCCAUCUUCCAAAUGGCAUCAUAUUCAUUGCGAUGUGGUUGUAACAGGAUGUAUGUGUGGAGCGUCCUUCCUACUCCAUUGUUAAGGAGAGUUGAAGAUGGAGGCGUUUGUUACAAGUAUUUUAUCUGGUUAGUCUAUGUUUAAUUUGUAAAUACUGAUUUUUACUGUUUUUACCGAAACUUCGGCAGCACCCCUGAUUGUCAUCUCUUGGUUGUUAUUUUUCGUAUAUUUAAAUGCCAUGGACAGAGCGGUCCAGUCUUUUCAAUUUGGACCUGUGCCGAGGUUACCAUGACGACGGCCACAUUCCUCAGGAUCUGUAGUUCAAUAGUCGUUAGUCGUUAGAGAGGCUCGUUAGCUUCGGUUGAAGAUCAGCGCAGUCAGGUCAUGCCGUCACUGAAGGUCAAGGUUAUGCUGAAGGUCAUCUGAUGACCUCAUUCUUUAUUGGCAUGUACAUUUGUAGACAUCGUACUCCCUGGCAUUGUAUUAGCAAAUAUAUUUAAAUUAUUGGCACAAAGUUUUAAUUAGCUUCGCCAUGACAUUGGUCAUUCAGCCAUGUUUCAUCAGAUACAUCGAAAUUUCUAUACCUUUUGAGAUUUUAAAUUUAGAUAAUUAUUUAAGCUUUUUUGGGUGGAAUAUCCGGGUGUACAUAUGUUGAUCAUUGAAAGAAGAAAAGCUAGCCAUUUUAGCAGAUUAGACAGUUUCACGUCACCAGUAAUCUGCCGCUUUCUGUGUGUACGAGCUAGAAAGACAAGUAGCUGCUCUGAGCACUAUCAUGGCCACGGGUUAAACAUAGACCAAAAUUGAUCUGUACAUUUUGAUCCGAGUAGAGUAGACGAUAGUAGAGAUGAUAUCCUUAUUGUUCAUGAACUAGAACAUGCAAUAGUUUCUCUUGGAUCAUUCUAAAUUAUUCCUUAUUGACUAUUGAGAGAUAUUUUAUUGAAAGGAUGUAAUUAUUUUGUAUUUAAUUCUACAGACCCAUUACAUGACAUAUCAGUUUUCCAAAGUUGAAUUAGGUACGGUGUUAGUUAUAACAAGUUGUACUUACAGAUCUGAACAUAGCUAUACAUGUGUAGCAGCAGUUCCCUAGAGACUGCCAUAAGUCAUCCGUCCCAAGUUGAUACGUAGCUAGUUACUAGGUAGGAAUUGGACAUUUUAACUUUUGAAACCAAAGCCUGCGAGUGAUGCAUUUCAGUGGCAAGUUACAUCCAAAGAUGCACCUUUGUAUUGAUUAACAUGAUGUCUUUGAGAGGAUUAAACGACACUUUCGAUCACGGAAAGGCAUGGAGCAUAUUUAAUUGAGCAGACGUGUCACUUUUGAAAUUGACUGAUUAGUUGUCACGGAAAGUGUACAUAGUCACUGCACAAAUGGAAAAGUUGCCCUCAGGUAGUUACCAGUUGCAGUCUUGUAUGGAGUGCAUCACUAGGAUUUGUAGAACAUAUACACCAUCUCUGACAUGAGGGGUAUGGAAUCUCAGUUGUCUCCCCUGAUCAAACUUCGUGUGAUCUGACAUCGCUGAUCUGUAGGCUAGCUCUAGGGAGAGGUCAAGGUCACAUGACUGCGACCUGGAUCGCGUGUAUACAUAGGAUGUCUCGAUGACUUCUUACAGUGCUUCGUGUGUACAGAACUAAAGAGUGAGUCUGUAUAGAGGUGUUUCAUACUGUUAUUGUUAAGUUCCUGUUUUAGACAGAGUACAUGUCUCUGCAGCUAAUACAACCCUGUUAUCUUCCCUACAGGGUAUCUUGUUUUGUCGGGGAAAACAUUUGACAAAGAACAUUUAUGAUUUUAUUUCCACCUUGUUGCUACUGCUCUUGUUUAGAUUGGAGCAACUAUUCAGUGUAUCCCAAACCACCAACGAUUAAACCACACGAUCUCCUGUUGAGGGCAACAACUAAGCUGUGCUAUCUACCUCUUGACUCAUUCACAUUAUUUGUAAAUAAGACAUUGUUCUCGAUACACCAACUAACUUGAGCAUGUAAAACCCACAACUUGAUUGCAACAAGGGAAAUGUCCCAGUCCACUAGUUAGAAACUACACAAUAGUAUAGUAUGUACUGAGUUGUCUCCUUUGUGGUGUCACAGUUAUCUCCCUUUAUAACAGUUACCUAGGAGUAAGGCUUGAUUGAUCUGGGGUUGUUGCCUUGAACAGGACCUGUUUUGCGGUGUAAGCAUUAAACCAUCGAUUAGCUUACGAGUGAUUAGUUGAACUUGUUGCCAGUGCAGUCAUGACUGGGGCGAUUGUAGCAAUUUUUUGUGUGAAAUAUACAAGUUUAUCAAAUGAUUGGAUGUAAAUAUUUUGAAUGUACUACGCAAUCAACUCAGUGCUAUUGAAGGGACCAGAGACAGCUGCUCACGAAACGGGUCAAACAAGUUUUAGCAUUUUAGAUUUUAAAUUGUUAUCUUGCACAAUGUAUGAAGUCUUCACAAUCAUGCAAUAAAAUUUGUUAUAAUCUUGAUAAUAGCAAUAAUUGGUGGGUAUCAGUGGACGUUACAGUUGUGAUACCACAGCGCCACCUGGCACUGCAUCCGUCAGUAGGUCAAGGUCACCCGUAGACAUGUGCUCUGUUUAUGUGAUUUGACCGACCUUGACCUUUGUGUACUGACAUGACAUGUCGGGCACGGGGCCUGGUCGGAACUUGUUGUAGAUAUUGUCGGUGAACUCUUCAGUCCCUACACGCACAUCCAGAGCCCAGCCAGCAGUACUGACGGGCAUAAUAUCUCACUUUGAAUAUGGAUGGUUUCCAAGGUGACAAGAUCUUUGAGAUGUAACAGGAAAUGAAAAAAAUAAAACCCAACUAAGAGUAUGAUUGAAACAAUUAUAAAACUGAAGAAAGUAAUCCUCUGAACAAAUUGAAUUGGGAAAUACGCCUCUCAACAUUUGCUAAGGACCAAAGUAGUCGUCUUUAGUCAAAGAUAUGGCUCUUUGCAAAUGAUGUGUAGCGUUAAUGAAAUUGAAGAUUUGACAGUGCUGUUAGUUCAUCAAGAAUGUAGUAUAUAUUGUUAAAUUACUGAAUGGUAUUUUGGAGCUGGGUGUGAGUGUGGAACACUGAUGACUGUUGAUCGACGUAGACAUUCAGUUGGUAGGCUUUAAUCACCUCUAGAUUCUCCAGCCUGUGUGAGACACGGUUAGGUGGAUGUGGUCGGCCAGGACUACGUUGUCAACAGCGACUCUGCAGUGGCGAUGGUGUUGUAGAGGACGUUGCACUAGUCCUGACUAAUCACAGCUCCCCAGUCGCCUGUCGUUGUUUAAUAUAAUCUAGCAACUAGGGUAAACUAUUAUCUUUGAACAAUAUUGACAAGUGCCAAAGACCAAGCUGACUUAAUAUGUUUUCGUGUAUGUUUAGCAAUAGGUAUAACACUUACAUGUAGCUAGCAUCUGGCUCUACACAUCAGCUGAUGUUGUACCCCUCCCCUCUACCUCCCCUCCCUAUGGUGAUAUCGGCCACUGACAUGUACACAUCUUGUCCAUCGUAACCCAUGUAUGUCUGACUGCCCAGCCGGCACAUUACAGGCCUGUGCCUACUUGUCGUCUGUGGCUCGUGUUUUGUGCACAAUUUUUUUCUGAAAUAAAAAUGGUUGAAUCUUUA